AUGUGGUUUCCUGUCACAACACUUGUUUCCGGCAAGCUAGUAGCCAUUGACAGUGGAUGUUGUUUACGACGGAGUUUCAACGAUAUCAGGGCUAGUUUGGGGGUAGGCGGUGGUCCUGAUUUUCUUAUAGAAGAAAGAAAUAGAGUAACUGAUGAUUUAGGGUGGUCGUCGGAAGCAGGUGUGGUAGUUAUCCUCGUGAAUCAUCAGAGACUUGUGGUCGUGGAUACAUCUGGAAAAAAAAGGACCAAUAUUCCCGAAACCAAAAUACACGCUCUUCUUCUCACUAACGGCCGCCGCAUCAUCUUUCUUCUAUCGACGCGGCCUCCGAAAUUUCUUUCUUCCAUCAACGCUCCUUUCUCCAUUCCCGGCGUCGUCUCCGGCUCCAGAGUCGUCUCCGCCAAGCCCUCUGCUAUUGCACCAUUCCUCCAUCCUUAUCUGCUCAGAUUUGCCUGUGAAGCUGCUUCGAUCCUCAGGUAUAUAUUUAUUCUAAUCUUGAAUAACAACCUAUGCGUAUAA